AUGUUAAUUUUGGUUGAUAGUCUGUGUAUUGCAUUAUUCGUACUAGGUCUGAUUGGCAACAUCAUUGGUCUUAUUGUUUUCUCUUCUCGUCGAUUUCGUCAUACAACCUAUGCUCAUUUAGCUGUAGCUAGUUUCGCACUAAAUUUAUUGUGUGUAUUUCGUUAUUCGAUUUUAUUGAAUUCAUCAACGCGAAAAUGGAUGUCAAUCACUGUUGCUCAUUCGUGGUUAAAUUGUAAACUGUAUCGUUUAUCAUCAUGUUUAAGAAUAUUAUCAGCAUGGAUUACCGUAUUUUGGGUAUAUGAACGAUUUUUAUAUGUAUGGAAUAUUUUACAAAGUAUUUUAAUUAAUCGGACAUGGUUAACAAAGUAUAAAUAUUAUUGUUUGACAUUUAUUUCAUUUAUCAUUGUUCUCAUUGUAACAGGACCCUCCGUUUACUUCUACAUCCCUCAGACAAUCAAUAUCACCUUGUCGUCAGGAAAACCUUUAACAGCCACAAAUAUCAAUAUUAGCAAUCAAUCAACAACUCUAAUUGCAAGUGACUUUCCAGUAUUGUCUGACAGUAAUCGUUUAAACUACGAUUUUAAUCAACUUUAUUUAAAAAUUCAUAGUCACUGUAGUUUCGAUUCAAAUAUUUCACCAAAAUGGCGUGCAUAUUUUCAAGAUGUCUCAUUCGGUUUCAACUAUCAUACCGUCCGUUGUAUAUUUUCUGAAUUGAUACCCUCCAUAGCUGUAACGACAUUUAACAUAGGCAUUAUUCUUCGAAUUACAAAAGCUACGUGUCAGUUUAAACAUAUUCUGAGAAAAGAACGUCCAACAACAAGUCGAAAUAUUGUCAAAUAUGUAACAUCGCCAACGAUAACAACAACAACAAUGUCAAUGACAAUAACGGGGAGCAACGGACGAACUAAAGUUAAUGAUGCUUUCAGUGGUCCCAAAACGUCAUGGAUGAAUAUUGUACUUAUUUUACAUAGUUGUCUAUUUUUUUUUUCGUCGUUGACACAUACUAUUGUCUACUGGUAUACAUCUGAUGCAGUACUGUCUCAUUGGGUUUCCGUCAUUAUUCUAGCAAACUGUUCACUCAAUUUCUAUGUUUACUGUUUAAGCGGAAAAAUAUUCCGUCAAGAAAUUCAACGUAUUUUAAAACGUUAUAAAACAAAACUAUCAAAUACUGCCGCUUGUGAGCGAUCAUUGUCUUAUCGUAGACGACCACGACUAAGUACAAAUGCGGAUAUUAAAUUACAAAACAGAGAAUUUCGUUUUGCAUGCAACAUGUGA